AUGGCCGAUGCGGGUGAGAUUUUACUGGGUAGAUUUGGUCGAGAACUGCUUGGGACGGCACAACUUUUGUUUUUGGUCUUUAUCAUGGGGAGCCAUAUCUUAACAUUCUCAGUCAUGAUGAACACCAUUACUGAUCACGGAACGUGCUCGAUUGUUUUCGGGGUUGUCGGUCUGGUUGUAUCCUUCAUCGGGGCCCUACCGCGAACGCUAAAGAAGGUUUCCUGGCUCUCGAUAGCUUCAUUCAUAAGCAUAGUUGCUGCUGUCCUAACGACAAUGAUUGCAAUCGGGGUGCAAAAGCCGGGAACUGGGCAGGUGGACGCUACUGUUCAAACGAACCUCUACCACGGGUUUCUGGCCGUGACAAACAUUGUCUUUGCUUAUGCCGGACAUGUUGCCUUCUUUGGAUUCAUUUCGGAGAUGGAAAAACCAAGAGACUAUCCAAAAACACUUUUCAUGCUACAAUUCACCGACACAGCCAUGUAUAUUCUUACAGCCGUCGAGAUCUACUAUUUUGGGGGCAAAGACGUUGCUUCUCCUGCCCUGGGCUCAACUGGGCCCAUUAUGAGUAAAGUUGCGUAUGGGAUUGCUAUUCCGACGAUUGUCAUUGCCGGGGUCAUUAACGGACAUGUGGCAUGCAAAUAUGUCUAUGUCAGAAUGCUUCGUGGGACGGAGCAUAUGCACAAGCGCAGCAUGUUCUCAGUCGGCAUCUGGGUUGGAAUUGCCUUUGCUCUUUGGACAAUUGCAUGGAUCGUAGCGGAAGCAAUUCCCGUUUUCAACAAUCUUUUGAGCUUGAUUACCGCUCUUUUCGCUAGCUGGUUUACAUAUGGCCUGAGUGGAAUAUUUUGGUUGUUUUUAAACAGAGGGAGAUGGUUCGAGUCACCUCACAGGAUAGCCAUUGCCAUUCUGAACUUGGUGAUUGUUGGUAUUGGUGGGUGCUUGAUAGAAGAGUUACCAGUCCGGCUCAGGAACAAUGCCCAAGCCCACUGA